AAUGCUACUGCGAGCGCAGCGAGGUGCAUGAGCGCGUGUGCCUGAUCUGGCCAUGCCCUCCAGGGAGCUGCUGGUGCUGGCAGUGGUGCUGGUGGCUCUCAUCACCACCGGUGGGGCAGAGCUGGAUAAAAGGAAUGACCUGAGAAGGCCGGUGUGUGGAGAGAUGGUUGAGCUGCAGGCCUGCCCUCUGGUGAACUUGCCUGUCUGUGGGACCGAUGGGAACACCUACGCCAAUGAGUGCUUGCUCUGUGUGCAGAAAAUGAAAACCAGGCAAGACAUCCGGAUUUUGAAUGAUGGGGAGUGCAGAGAUAUCUGAGCUUUCUGGUGGCCUUCUUGAGCCUGGAAACAGGUGAUUCUUUGAUUCUGUGUGCUCUGUGCAGAUUGAACAUUUCAGUCAGUGAUGGCGAAUAAUAAAAUUA